GGCGGUGGUUCCCGUCUUCCUCCUCCUUCACUUCUUCAUCUUCCUCCUCCUCGUCCUGGUGCCGCUCGUGGCCGCCGCGGGCUGUCCCGGUUCCCUUAGCCGAAAAUUCGCGGUGGUUCUGCUGCUGUCCCUGGUUCCCUGCUCUUGGAGAGCAUCCCCGUGUUCUCAGCGCAAAAUUGCUGGGAUUUUAUGAAACUGCCCUAAAGCCGCGGAGUCUGUUCCUGCCGGCAUGCUUUCCUCCUCGGGGAUGUGUGUUAACUCUUUUGGCUACGCGUGGAAUACCGUUUCCUUGGCAAAGGUUUAAGUUUGUUUUAUCAUACAAGUUCCUCACUGCCAUAAUGAGGCUAGUAAUUCUUGAAGAUUAUGAUCAGGCUAGUGAAUGGGCAGCCAAAUACAUCUGUAAUCGUAUUAUCCAAUUCAAGCCAAGUCAAGGAAGAUAUUUCACACUUGGUCUACCAACAGGGAGUACACCUUUGGGAUGCUACAAAAAGCUGAUAGAAUAUCACAAAAAUGGAGAUCUCUCUUUCAAAUAUGUAAAGACUUUCAACAUGGAUGAAUAUGUAGGGCUUCCCAGAAAUCAUCCAGAGAGCUACCACUCCUAUAUGUGGAAUAACUUCUUUAAGCAUAUUGACAUAGAUCCGAAUAAUGCUCAUAUCCUUGAUGGGAAUGCACCAGACUUACAGGCAGAAUGUGAUGCAUUUGAAAAGAAAAUUGAAGAAGCAGGGGGGAUUGAUCUAUUUGUUGGAGGCAUUGGUCCAGAUGGCCACAUUGCAUUCAAUGAACCCGGAUCAAGUUUGUCUUCAAGAACAAGAUUAAAGACUUUAGCAAUGGACACCAUUUUGGCAAAUGCUAAAUACUUUGAUGGAGACUUAUCCAAAGUACCAACUAUGGCACUAACAGUUGGUGUGGGUACAGUCAUGGACGCUAGAGAAGUAAGAACUCAUUUAGUUCUGAUUGCAUGUGUGUUUUCAAGAUUAGUUGGUAUUGAUACUGGGAUUGAAAGUAAAGAGACCUUUGUUUUGCAGGUGAUGAUUCUUAUAACAGGUGCACACAAGGCUUUUGCAUUGUACAAAGCAAUUGAAGAAGGAGUCAAUCAUAUGUGGACAGUUUCUGCUUUCCAGCAACACCCUCGCACUAUCUUUGUGUGUGAUGAAGAUGCUACUUUAGAACUAAGAGUUAAAACUGUGAAGUACUUUAAAGGUUUAAUGCAUGUGCACAAUAAGCUUGUGGACCCACUGUACAGUAUGAAAGAAAACUGAAAAGAAGACUGAAGAGGAACUCCAUGUGGGUCAGCAGCAACAGUUUUAGGUAGCAGAUGAGUUCACUGCUAUGCAAUAUGCUGAAAACUGUUUAAAAUGGGAAAUCCUAGGUACUGUAUUUUUAAAAAGGUCCAAUAUCUGUACACUCACAUUCCAUCUAGUUGCUGUGUUGUGCAUUUUGCUUUAGCAUUUGGAGCUCUGUUGGUGGCUGGUACAUCACUAAAUGGAACAGAACAAACUUGGGAGAGACUGCAUGUUAUGUAGAGGGGAAAAGCAGAGCACUUACUCUAGCACAGCAAUGUAUUGCAUCUGCCUCAUGUUAGAGAUGAUGACACUUCAUUUUCCAGAAUUCUUCAUUUUUGGCUUGGUUAGUGUAACUACAUCUUGCAUUUGUUUCUCUAGGCAGUAUGGUUUUGGCCUUUGUUAAUACUAUGGACUUGUAAUAGUUGUACAAUUUCUACUAUGAAAUGUUCUGUUUACAUAUAUCUAAUGUACACUGAGCUUUUGCACUUGGUUGCCUUAAAUUUGUCUUAAACAGUUUUUGGGCAUCUCAAGUCCUGCUGUAUAUUUCGGGCAAAUGAAGAUACAAAAACAGUGCCUAAAAAUGCACCAAAUUCUUCAAAGUUACAACUUGCUCCGUGGAUAAAAAUUAAUUAAACUUCUGCAAUAGCACUUUUUCCUCUCAUGUACUUCAAAUUACUUUAGGAUUUUUAUAUUUUUGGUAUCAAGCUUUAUACAAAAGGAGAAAUCUCAGCGUUCCUUCCUGGAGGUACCUGGUCAAUUAUAUAACUGAUGUUACAAUUAAAUGCCUGAAAAGAGGUUAAUUUACAGGACUAUAGUGUCUGCAAAUGAUCAUUUAAGCCAGCUGUUAAUCACUUUUUCAUUGUAUCAUUAUAAACAUUGUGCUGUUACAAGGAAUGUUAUUUCCUACUUUGCAUAUAAGUAAAACUUAAAUAUAAAUCUCUUGAUUUCAAA